GGGGGCUGGUUUGUAGUUUGUUUGUUCUCAACCUUUGAUCCUUUCAUAAGUUUAGAACAAACAUGGAGUCCAUUAGCAGAGACACGAAGCGUCUCUUCGUCUUACUACUGCUCAUCAUCGCUUCUAUCCCAUCAUGCACUGGGAUCCCAGAAGGCGUGAGUUUGGAAAAGUCUGAGGCCAGCGGAUUCCUCCAUCGCACUCGUCGAGCAAACUUUUUCCUGGAGGAAAUCAAGCAAGGCAAUCUGGAGCGUGAGUGCAUCGAGGAGAAAUGCUCCUAUGAGGAGGCCAGGGAGAUUUUUGCCCACCCACGACAGCUGGAGAACUUCUGGAGGACAUACACAGCUGUAGACAAAUGUUUGUCCUCUCCCUGUAAGAAUGGAGCGACAUGUACUCGAAACAUCGACACCUACAUCUGCAAAUGUCCACCAGGUUUCCAUGGGUACAACUGCGAAAAAGUGCGUUCAACCUCCCCCAGCUGUCGCUACAAAAAUGGAGGAUGUGAACAUUUCUGCAGAGAGCUUCAGGAUGGCUCUCACAUGUGCUUUUGUGCUCCAGGAUACAGACUUGAACUGGACAACAGUACCUGCAUGCCUGAAGAUGCUGUGGUCUGUGGAAGGCCUCAGCAACAUUUUACCCCCAGGGUUGUUAAUGGGAAAAUCUGUGCCAAAGGAGAUUGUCCGUGGCAGGCUCUUCUGACUGAAAAUCACAUGUUCUCCUGCGGUGCCAUCGUCUUGUCAGAUCGAUGGAUUUUAACUGCAGCUCACUGUGUUUAUCAAAAACCUAGCACCAUGCUCCACAUCACUGUUGGUGAGCAUGACAUAAGGGAAGAUGAAAAAACAGAACAGUGGCGGCGGGUGCUCAAAGUUGUGUGCCAUGAAGACUACAACGUGACUAGCUCCGACAGCGACCUGGCUUUGUUGAAGCUUCACCGCCCAUUAAAACUGGGCCGCCACGUCAUGCCCAUCUGCCUUCCUGCCCGCAAUAGCACCUUCACCCGGACGCUGGCAACCAUCCGCCACUCAACUGUGUCUGGUUGGGGUCGUCUGGCACAGUUUGGCUCCACCUCAAGAUACCUGCAGUGUCUGCAGCUGCCGAGGGUCCCGGUGCAGGAGUGCCGCCUCCACACCGGGCUCAACAUCACCAAGAACAUGAUUUGUGCUGGCUUCAAGCGUGGUGGCCAGGAUGCUUGCGAGGGUGACAGCGGGGGCCCACUGGUGACACAAUACAAGAAAACCUGGUUCCUUACAGGUGUGGUGAGCUGGGGGAAAGGGUGCGCCCAAAAAAACAUGUACGGCGUCUACACGAAGGUCACAAACUUCCUGGACUGGAUUGAGAAUGUCAUGGCAACUGGCUAAAAUUGGUUUUAGUCACUGUGUCAAAGCAGUUCAAGAGUUAAAGAGAGUAAGAAUCCAGUGUUAGAAACAUUAGAUCAGUAAUGAUUGUGAAGGAGACACAAAUGUAUAAAAAUAAUAUUCAUUUUCUGAUGCUGUGCUCAAAUAGAUUUAACUUCCAUGUACCUAAAAAAUGCCAGAUAUUUAGUUUCAGAAGCUUUGUGAACAAAAAAAGAAUUUUUGACUGUCAGCUGGAGGAAGGUGGUCCUGAACAAAGUCCAAAGUUUUGCAAAAUCAACAAACUAAAAAAUUAUUUGUUUUUCAAGUAAAUAAAUGGCCUGUAUUUAUAGAUAUAAAUUAAUCUGCUUGAAACUUUGAAGUUUUCUAUAGUGAUGGUAAAUGUAAACCAUCAACCAACAAUCAGUUUAAUCUAAAAGAUGCAAAGACAUCAGUUUACUCUGCAUGUUGAAAUAUUGUUUUUAACAAUAAAGAUGAAGUUCAGUGUUUUUCGUUUCUUUUCAUGCCCCUCACCCACUGUUUUGUUGUAGACAUGCAUCAGUUCUUAGGACCAGCGGGCCUCAUUUAGUAACAGUGGGUCCUUCAUGCACACAAAUCAGUGAUUUAUCAAUAUUUUCUUACAUGAAUUUGUUCGUUCUUUAUAAACAAAUUUGAAAUUGCCUCAGACUGUGUGAAGAAACAAAUGAACCACUGUUCCAGAUGUGUUGUAGUAUGUUCAGGUGAAACUUUGUGAAUCCAAACAUGUGCUGCCAUGUGAGGCUUAAUAAUAAUAAUUAAUAAUCAAGUGCAUUUGAUUAUGAGCACCUAAUUUCUACUUACUUUCGUAAUUCCUAUAGAAGAAGUAAUAGUGUAUUUA